CCCCUUCCGCCAGUGGCCUUGAGCCACGUGAUCAACCGCCGUGGGCUGAGAAAGGACGGUGGAGUCUGGUAGGGUCAACGCCGUUUGCUCCCGGUGGGAAGCGAGCAGUUCCUAAGUUCCUAAGUUCCGUUCCUUAGUCGACCCUUGAUCGCUAAGCCGCUGCUACUCUCUUACUUCCCGACUGAUUCCAGGACCCUGCCACCACUAGGCUGUUUUCCCAGCCACGUGACCUCUUGACCUAACUCCUACGGGCAACCUUAACGUUCCAAAUUCGAGCCAGGGAUGUGAAAUGAGGCAAGUCACCCCAGCCUCAUCCCGGAUCUGAGCAUCCUUAUUACGGAAGUGACCGAAACUAGCUAGCUCCAGGGAAUGAGAUGACAGAAGUUCCCACCUAAUAUUUCUAUGUGUGGGCCUGAACGCCACAUCCAGUUGCUCUAAAAACUGAAACUCUAUCCUUGAGAUUUGGGAGGAUCCUUUCUCGUUCUCACAUCGGCUCGUCCUGAAGACCCCACAUGACUUCUCCAUGCUCUGUCCCCCUAAAACCCACAAUCCCCCCAGUAACCCAAGACCCCAAUAUUCCACCUCCUUUACCCCUAGAUCCUCUGGACUUAGCUUUGCCAUCCCCUCCCUGUAGUCUCCAGGCUUCAGUUCCACCCCCACCCCCACUGCCUCCUCCACCCUCUACUGUGGAGGUUGCUCCCCCUCAUGUCUACGGCGUGGAGAAGAGCCGGCUGCUGAAGGAGGCCUUGGAGAAGGCUGGCCCAGUCCCCAAAGGCAGAGAAGAUGUGAAGAGGCUCCUGAAACUGCACAAAGACCGGUUUCGAAAUGACUUGCAAUGGAUCCUCUUUUGUGCCGACCUACCGUCGCUCAUCCAAGAAGGCCCUCAGUGUGGACUGGUGGCCUUGUGGAUGGCAGGCACUCUUCUGUCAACCCCGGACACUGGCAGUGUCUCUCUGGAAAGACUGGUGCAAGUAGCCAUGGAGAGAGGCUACACGGCACAGGGAGAGAUGUUCUCUGUGGCUGAUAUGGCCAAACUGGCCCAGGAGACCUUGGACUGCCAGACUGAGCUCCUCUGUGGUGGCCUGGGUGGUCCCAACAGAGAUCGGGUCCUGCAGCACCUCAUCACUGGACAUCCCUUGCUCAUCCCCUAUGAUGAGGAUUUCAACCAUGAGCCGUGCCAAAAGAAAGGCCAUAAAGCCCACUGGGCAGUGAGCGCAGGGGUCCUGAUAGGUGUGCAGAGUGUACCGAUAUUUGGCUACACGGAAGACUCUGAGUUGCCAGGCCUUUUCCACCCAGUGCCUGGCACACCCUACCAAUCACCACCCCUCCCAGAGGAGAGCUCCCCAGGUGCCAUCUUCCUUCUCUCCAAGCAGGGCAAGAGUUGGCAUUACCAGCUGUGGGACUACAACCAAGUCCGGGAUAGCAAUCUGCAGCUGACGGACUUCUCUCCUGCCAGGGCUGCUGAUGGACGGGUGUACGUGGUACCUGCUGGUGGGGUACAGGCUGGCCUCUGUGGCCAGGUCCUGCUGCUUAGACCACAGGAGUAGAGCCAUUAGCUGGGGCUGGGGCCCCUGCCUUGAAGUGCCCUCCAUCACCAUUAGAGUACCUCAGCUUCAUCCCCUGUGUGACGUCUAUAGUCCAGCCUGUAUCUUGAGGGCCUUCGGCCUUCUGCUAGAAAUCUCUCACACAGUCACCCCGUCUAUGGCGUCACAAGCUUGACCACUGUCCAAAGUCUAAAUUCAUCACUUGCAGGAUUAAGCAUGCCUUUGGUUAAGGGAGACUUUUUUGGGUUUUUGUUUGUUUUGUUUUUCGAGAAAGGGUUUCUCUGUGUAUC